AUGUCUAGUUAUAUCUCAUACCGCCAGUCAUACAGUCAUCAUCCGACGAAGAAGCCACGAUACUUAGGUGGCUCCAAUGGCUUCGCCGACCAAGGCUCCGAGGAGACAAGAGGUCUCAUGUCGAGUAGUGCCUAUGAGAACGAUGGAGACGCCGUCAUCGAAAUGGAUCUCCUCCCACCGCGGUGGAUGGAUGUGCAAGAGGAGGUAGACGACGUGCUGAAGGACAUUACCUUGAAAGCUGCCAAACUCGACAAGUUGCACGCGAAACAUGUCCUGCCAGGAUUCGACGACGAAUCGAUCAAGCAGCAAGAAGAGCGCGAAAUUGAGAAGUUGACGCAAGAGAUCACAAGGGGCUUUCAGGAAUGCCAGAAAGCCAUCAAGAGAAUCGAGACUAUGGUCAGGGAGGCCAAGCAGACCGGCAACUUACAGAAAGGCGAGGAGGUUAUGGCGAAGAAUAUGCAGACCGCAUUGGCAUCCAGAGUGCAAGAAGUGAGCGCGACGUUCAGGAAGAAGCAAAGCUUGUAUCUCAACAAACUUCGAGCACUUGGCGGAUUCGAGUCACCUAUAGGGAGAUCUUCAACUCCGGUGCAGAAUCCGUACUCAGAUCCGGCCUUGAUGGAGUCCGACGCCGAUAAAAGCUUCAGCCAGUCAACCCUUCAGCAGACGGCCCAGAAACGGUUCCGUAGCAAUGACACGGCCAUCGCACAACGGGAACAAGAGAUCAAUGACAUCGCUAAAGGUAUCAUUGAGUUGGCCGAUAUAUUCCGCGACCUUCAGGCUAUGGUCAUAGAUCAGGGCACCAUGCUUGACCGGAUCGAUUACAAUGUCGAGCGAAUGGCAACAGACGUGAAAGGAGCGGAGAAAGAGCUGACCGUUGCCACCAAUUACCAAAGGCGAAAUACCAAGCGGAAGAUCUUGCUACUCCUGCUCUUGCUGGUCAUUGGAAUGUUCGUCUUACUUCUCGUCAAGCCGAAGAGGCGCUCCCAGUCUGCACCGGCACCGCCGACCACUCCAGUUGCACCGGAAAGUCCUCCUUAA